UUUGUGAUUGUCUUAUGGUUUACUUACAGGCUAAUAUUCAUCGUGGGGAGAAGAAUAUCAUAGACUUGUAUAUAAUACUUCUGAGAUAUUCAAGCUUGGUUACUGAAACAAUACCCUCUCAUCGAGAUUACCAGGCUUUGCAUCCUAAAGAAAGAGCAUUAUCCAAAACGCAUCUGUUAGCUGUGUUAGAUGAACUAGAGGGUUUAAAGCCUGAGUUCCAGCGUCAGUUUCAAGGAAUUGGUGAAGUUCAAGUAACAGCUCAGCAUUACCAACUCAAUAAUAAGGAGAACCAUCGAUAUAGACCAGUUGGAAAUUCGCCUUCCACCAGCAAUAAAGCAUCUUCAGAUUAUGAUAAUUAA